AGCAGAUCCGCAGGAUGGAUGAGCUUUAGGACAUGGCCUCUUCCGGGCUACAUACAGCUCCACACAGCACAGGUGCCUGAUGGUCAGGGACGUCUGGGAACGAUGCCUGCAUCCCCCCAUCGCCGAGGUCAGCACCUGCGGAGAUGAGGACAACCUUGUCUUCCACAUCUGGGAACCCAGUGCAGGAAGCCCACCUGUCAGCCAUGCCUCUGUCUGUGGACCCUCACCCAUAUAGGACCGUCCACAUCACUGAUCCCAAACAAGGGAUGCUCCGCCCUGUGGGACACCUCCUGUCCCUCCAGCCUCGCCCAACAUCCACCCCGCGCCUGUGCAGAGAAAAGAAGCAAGUGAAGACGGGGACAUUGUCAACUUGGAGAGCUUGCCAGGGAGGCACCGUGGGGACACCGGACAUGAGUCCUCUUCGGAAAAGCCCCCUGUGCAGGCAGCCUGGAGCGGCCGGACACCAUGACGUCACCUGUCAUCCCUGGGUCUUCCCAUCUACCCGGGAUGGCCAUCUGCCAGGGGGGCCCCGUGUGGAGGACGCUGCUCUGUCGGUGACCCCUUCGGCAUGUCGGUGUCCGGCCUCCAGGUUCCCUCCACACCGUCUCAGAGACCAGCUGGCAACACCCAGGGCUGCGUCUCGCCUCUUCUCUGCCGGCUCACUCCUCCCUCCAGGGGCCAAACCACCUGCCCCUCUGGGGGAGGCCCCUGGAGCCCUUCUGGGGUUCAUAACCCCCCACCUGGUGCCUGGGGAAGCCCGUCAUCCCCUAGUCAUCAGGACCCAGGUCCGAAUUCCCAGGGGUGUGCCCGGCUGCCACUGUCUCCCCCCGCUCACCCCUGGACCAACAGCAGCCGCUGCUCCCUCCACCGAGGUGGCAAGAAAGCCAUCCCCACCAUGUGCCAUCUCCUCCAACGCCCACCCCUGCCGGGUGGGCGCCUUUGACGAGGCCAUUGCAGAACUGGACUCGGAGCUCCAGCCCCAGGACUGCACUGUUCCAUCCGCAGGCCUCGAGGACAGCACCCCCUGCCUCCCUAACCACAGAGGCAGUGCCCUGGGGAGGGUCCUCCAGUGGCUCAUUAAUAAGAGGCCACUGAAGAGGCAGCGCGGAGCCCGGACACGAGCUACAGGAUGCCCUGCCCCUGGGGCAUCCCCAGGUUUCCAGGAAAUACAUUUGGACCUCCUGGGUUCCCUGGAUCUUGCCUCCUCACCCAUGAAGAGACAAGAAGGGGCCCAGGUUGGUCCCAGCGGAGAUGGGGGUGUCAGCAGCCAGAAAAAGCGGGUGCGAUUUGACAGCAAACCCAGGUGCUUGAUGUACUCUCCUGCUGCACCCCCCCAGCAAGUUACGCCCAGGAGCCUCGAGACCAUGUUUCAAUUGGUUCACACAGUGCUGUGGGGGGUGCAGACCGUGAGCUGAUCCACC